GCCUAUUUAACUGUUGAUCACUGCUAGGGGUCGUCACUGGACGAGACGACCACGGCAGUCAUGAAACGACUGUCUUUUCUGGGAAUUGUCCUUGUCGUGCUGAUCAGAGAUGUACAGCCCUACAAACGAGUGUGCUACUUUACAAACUGGGCACAAUAUCGCACAGCGCCCAUGACGUUCACGGCCGAGAAUGUUGACCCUUUCCUGUGCUCCCAUAUCAUGUACGCUUUCGGAAAAGUUGUAGGAAACACAAUAGAUGCUUACGAAUGGAACGACAAGGGCGCUGGAGGCCAAUACGAUAGGAUAAUGAAUCUGCGUACGUUGAAUCCUAACCUAAAAAUCUUGCUGGCUAUCGGCGGAUGGACCCACGGAACUGCACCCUUCACAGCUGUGGUAGUUGACCCUAUCAACAUAGCCGCCUUCGCUGCUAACACGCUAGAGUACCUGAAAACCUAUAAAUUUGAUGGCCUGGACCUGGAUUGGGAAUACCCUGGUGGUAAUGGUAGUCCCCCGGAGGACAAGCAGCGCUUCACAUCUCUAGUGCAGAAACUUCGACAAGUCUUUAACGACGAUGGUGCAGUAAACAACAGACCACCCAUGUUGUUGACGGCAGCGGUGGCCGCUGGAAAAAGCACCAUCGAUAACGCUUAUGAAGUUGAUCUCAUUUCCAAGGAUUUGGAUUUCAUCAAUCUAAUGAGCUACGACCUUCAUGGAAGUUGGGAGGUGACCACUGGACACCACAGCGCUCUCUACGGUCGUUCUGGUGAAGUGGGAACGGCAGCAUCAAUGAAUGUGGAUUACAGUGUCAAUUACUGGAUAUCCCUGGGAGCGCCUCCACAUAAGCUUGUACUAGGACUGGGUCUGUACGGUAGGUCCUUCACACUGUCUAGCUCUAGCAAUACCUUUAUCGGGGCACCUGCUGCCGGCGCCGGAAGUGCUGGACCUUACACCGGAGAGGCAGGAUUACUCGCUUUUUACGAGGUGUGCUAUAAUUUGAAAUUCAACGGAUGGACGCGAGAGUGGCACAGUGAACAUCAAGUUCCAUAUGCUUAUUCCGGCAAUCAGUGGAUAGGUUAUGAUGACGCUGAAAGUUUUAAUGUAAAGAUUGAUUACAUCAUAGCCAAAGGCCUCGGUGGUGGAAUGGUUUGGUCUCUUGAUCAGGAUGAUUUCAGUAACAGUUGUGGUGAUGGAUCUUAUCCACUCAUGAACGUAUUGCGCUUCAGACUGUCCACUAUUCCCCCAACGUCAAGUCAGUCCAUCACGGCGCAACCAACUUCUACCACAGUUCCACAUUCCACGACAACAAGACAAUAUGAUGUAUCUCACACAAGCAUUUUACCAUCUACUAACAGUCAGCUUAUUACAACACAGACAACAAAACAUACAACAGCAUCCAACAUUCUCACUUCCUCUAGGACUAUGUCAUGCGGAGCGCCCCAGCCGUGUGUUGACGGUCAGAUGUACGGGGACAGUUGCGACCCGAAGAUCUACUACCAGUGUGCUUCAGGAGUGGCCUAUCAGUUUCAAUGCGCGGCGGGGACCGUCUGGGAUGAACGUAUCAAGAACUGUAACUGGGACUAUCUCGUACUCACCUAUCCAACCCCCUGUGGUUGUGGGCCCCCACCGGUCUGUACUGACGGCCAAUUCUAUGCGGAUAAAUGUGACAUGAAGGUAUAUUAUCAAUGUGCUCAUGGAAUACCCUAUCCGUAUGAGUGUAACACAGGAACUGUUUGGGACACAGUCAUAAGCAGCUGUAACUGGGAUUAUGCAGUACCAAACAGAGCGCCCCCUACCGGAUCUGACUGCACGUCACAAGGUCCAAUAACAACAGGCACAACUCUCAAAAACACAGAACAAACGACAUUAGCUCCGGCUAAACUGACAACAAAUAUCAAUCUGUCUACUGUGGAACCACUGUUAACUCCUUUUCCUACAACUCUUGAUCAAACAACCCAAUUUCAAUCUACUCUACUGCCGAAAACUGACCUGGUCACAUCUAGUGUGUCAUGCGGAGCGCCCAAGACGUGUGUUGACGGUCAGCUGUACGGGGACAGUUGCGACCCGAAGAUCUAUUACCAGUGUGCUUCAGGAGUGGCCUACCAGUUUCAAUGCGCGGCGGGGACCGUCUGGGAUGAACGUAUCAAGAACUGUAACUGGGACUAUCUCGUACUCACCUCUCCAACCCCCUGUGGUUGUGGGCCCCCAUCGACCUGUACUGACGGCCAAUUCUAUGCGGAUAAAUGUGACAUGAAGGUCUAUUACCAGUGUGCUCAUGGAAUACCGUAUCCGUACGAGUGUAACACAGGAACUGUUUGGGACACAGUCAUCAACAAUUGUAACUGGGAUUAUGCAGUACCGAACAGAGCGCCCCCUACCGGAUCUGACUGCACGUCACAAGGUCCAUUAACAACAGGCACAACUCCCCAAAAUACAGAACACAUGACAUCAGUUGCGGCUAAAAUGACUUCUGUAGGGGGAUCGUUAACUCCUUUCUCUACAACUGUUGAUCAAACAAAUUCCUAUUUUCUUUCUACAAUAUUUCCGAAAACUAACCUAUUCACAACUACUGGUAAAACUUUAUCAUUUGUUGAAACGUCCCCACCAAAUCUUAUUACAACGUAUUCAUCAACACUAAUUUCAUCAAUUGGCAGUCUUAAGACAGAUCAACAUACUACACCAACUUCACUGCUAACCACAACCCAACAACAAGUUACAACACUCCUCCACACUGCAACAUCUGACAGCACGCCAUCUCAGGCCCAGCAACAUGUGACACCACAGUCUACAAAUACCACUACCAAUGGCUUGUCGUCCCAAACCCUGCAACAAUUAGCAACGAAGACUUCAAUUCCAAGUACAGACAGCACACAAUCUCAAAUCCAGCAACAGACAACAACAAAAUCCCGUAUCGCAGUCACAGAUAGCACACAGGCUCAAUCUUCGCAACAAACUCAAACACUUUCUCCUAUUGCUGUCUCAGAUAGCACAAGGCAACAGACAACACAAUCCCACAGCGCUUACAGCAAUACAAAAGACACAACUUCAGCGUCACAUAUCACGAAUACAGGUAACCCAUUCUCUAAAACUGAUUCACAGACAACUACGCAACCCUCGGGUAUUACUAAUAGUGUUUGGUCGUCACAAAUCCCGCAACAAACAACAACCAACGCUCAGUCGACAUCAGAUCCCACACCAAUACAAACAACAACCUCUCCGUCGACAUCAGACCACACACCAAUAAAAACAUCAACCUCUCCGUCGACAUCAGACCACACACCAAUAAAAACAUCAACCUCUCCGUCGACAUCAGACCACACACCAAUAAAAACAUCAACCUCUCCGUCGACAUUAGAUACUACACCAAUAAAAACAUCAACCUCUCCGUCGACAUCAGACCACACACCAAUAAAAACAACAACCUCUCCGUGGACAUCAGAUCCCACACCACAACAGACAACAACAGAAUCUCAAACUUCUACCUGUGGUCCUCCAAAAACCUGCCCAUUUCCAGCAUGGGAUUCCGGAAGCAUGACUGUAUCGGCACAUACUCUUACCGUUCUAACGGGAGUUCUGGUAGCACUAGUUUGGUUUUCGACGUGUUCGGAAUGAGAAUUAGUUUUUUAAAGGAAGCAAGAUACUUGUAAACUACUAAUGCAUUACGGAAUUAGUAUAUUAUAAACUGAUUAAGCAUUUAUGACAUAUAUAUACUAGUAGAUACAUGUGUAUCAACUUUCUAAUAAUAGAACAGACGCCAUUUUGUAGAUUUUUUUGCUCACAUGCUGUUUUACAUUAACAAGUUGUUGUUUUUUAUUUCCCACACUAUCUGUACUGAUUUAUCUGUUUAUAUAUCAUUUAAUCAUUCAGCUGUGUCGCCAACUGUAGAGCAAUUUAAGCAGCAUUUUUCAUGUCCGAAUUCUUUGUAACAUAUAAAUUUUCAAAUGUAAUGAAAAAUAUAAUCAGGAAUUAGUUAAUAAACCCUGUUUAUCAUAUUUUGCGGGGGAAUCUAACUAGAAGGAAAUAUAAAACAAAAAUACACAAUACUAAUGAUGUCCUGUACACAAAUUAGUUUCAGUAUAAUCCAUGGUACAUAUUUUUUUCUUCUGAUAAACGAAACGAAUCAAAUUUUAUAAUCUUAUUUUAAUAUCAGUUGUUUUCCAGAUUUACGUCCUUUCAAAAUUAUCAUAACACAUUUCUCAUCAAAACAAGUUCAUUCAUUCCCUUUAGUGGUGGGUAACUUUAUAAAUUCUGCUGUUUGAAGAAUCGAUGAAAUUUUAAAUUUAAGUAAAAUUAGAAUUUUUAAUCCGCUCCUCUACUGAACGCUAUAUACUUGAAAAGCAUAUCGUAGAGGAGCGGAUUUACAAGUCUGAUAUCCAAAAAGAAUUUUAAUUCUGCAAAAAAAACUGAUAUUGGCUUUAACGAAGAUCAAAACAAAAUGUCUACCAUUUUAAAAUAUAGACUUCCUGUUUAUACUUAUAUCGUUAAUCUGUAACAUCCUUUUGUGACUCGAAUAAAUAUCAAAUUCUAUGUAAUUUUUGGAAAAGAUACUAUCUUUAUGUAAU